AUGCCUCGCACAUGGUUGAUCACUGGAUGCUCAGGCGGCUUUGGAAAGGAAAUUUCAAAAGCCGCUCUCGCGCUGGGCGAUAACGUCGUCGCUACCUCGCGCAAUGAAUCCAAAUUGGCCGAUCUAGCCGAGAGUGGUGUUCACACCGUAUCGCUCGAUGUGAAUGCCCCUCAGAAGGAUAUCAACGCUGUCGUUGCUGAAGUUAUCAGCAAAUACGGCUCCAUCGAUGUGCUCGUCAACAACGCCGGAUAUAUCUUGGAAGGUGGCGUGGAAGAGGCUAGUGAUGAGGAAGCCCGCGCUCACUUCGAUACCAAUGUCUUUGGUCAGUUGGCUGUCGCUCGCGCUGUUCUGCCAUAUAUGCGAGCGAAGAAGUCUGGCACGAUUGCCAAUAUGGGUUCCAUCGCUGGCUGGCGCGGUGGCAUCAAUUGUGGCUUGUAUUGCUCAACGAAAUUUGCCCUCGCUGGCAUAACGGAGGCUUUAAAGAAAGAAGUUCAGCCUCUUGGAAUUUCAGUUGUCCUCAUCGAGCCUGGUUAUUUCCGCACCGAUUUCCUAUCUGGCGGACACAAGGUAACGCCUAAAAAGACCAUUGAAGAUCUUGUACCGGUAAUCAAGCCUUUGAAAGAUAUGUUCUCUAUGUAUGACCACAAGCAGCCCGGUGACCCCGUCAAGGGUGCGCAGUUGAUUGUCGAGGCUUUAACGGGAACUGGACGUUGCGCCGGCAGACAAUUGCCGGACAGAUUAGCCAUUGGGUCCGAUGCUGUUGCUAUGAUCAGUGGGGUUUUGGAGCAUAAGAAGAAGGAAUUGGAUGACUGGAAGGACUUGGCUGUUACCACGGAUAUCUCGGACUAA